CUGGUAUAUAUUCAUCUUAACUCCCCGGAAGGAUCGUCGUCAAGCUUCAACCUCCUGUGUCAUGUGGAACAAAGAAAACGUGUGCCACAAAUGGCCGCAACUUCCGUGCGUCUUCCGUCGGCGCGAACCAAAACGUAGCAACCAGAGGACGCCUAGAAUAUUCCUGGAAUGGUCAACACGCAGCGGAACACCUGUCUCGUGUGACUGGUCAGCAAAACACGACCUUUAGGAUCCUUGAUACAGUGUCCCAUGUCACGUGGUCCCAAAAAACAUCAAUUUCUGCUGAGUUGGCUCUGUUUGCUCUACCAUGUUUGACUCGAAGACCUCACGUAGCUUGAAUACAUUUGCACGUGGGCUGUGAAGACUUUUGGUCCGUGUCAUAGGCGUGCGGGGAGCAUUGUAUAUCCAGCGCAUUCGGUACACCAUGAACAGAGGCAUCAUCACAUCGGAGCGAGGUGUUCUGGCUCAAGGCUGCUGGUGCGAGUGCUGCUGGCUCAUGUCCGAGGCUCCCACGGCACGGCGCCGCAUUGGCGGCACAUGUCACUCUCUCUCAGAGGUGAAGCCCAGCCUGAAGCCGGAGGAGCUUCUGGAUGAUGGGAUUCCCGAAGAAAUGGUCUUCAUCUCCUUUCACAUCGAAGAGAAGCAUUUGAACAGUUGGCGCACGGAGUGCUUUGACCGACUUCCGAACCGAGACUCCUUCAGCUCUUGCACGGAGUACGACCGAGCGGAUCCAAAGGGGCGUCCCAAUGGGCUCACACACGAGACCUACAUGGAGCUCUUACAGGAGAUGGUGCAAGUGCUGGAGAAGCGACCGUGGAUCCUCAAGAGGAGCGUCCGGCAACAUCGUGGGGAAUGGGCAAUCAUUCCUCAGCCGGUGUGCGAGAGGCUGAAGAGAUGUAGACUCUGGAGACGGUGGAAGAUCGCGAGCUGAGAUCGCGGCCGCGACAUGGCGGCGGUGCGGGGCUGGCUUUCGGUCUGGUGAAAGAGAAGCCUGUGGGUUGGAUCCUAAGGCUCCUGAGUGUAUCAAAAAGUGUAGAAUUUCUGACUCUGACACUGGCUGAUAGGCCAGUUGUAGGGGUUCGGGUUCGCCUGAUCUUGCAGCGCUUCUUCACAGCACAAUGAGCGUAUGAAGUGGCGACUUGGAUUCUGUAUAGUUUUUGCAAAAGAGUCCAACCAAGUCUUUUUGCUCGAAGCCCGGUUUUGCAGCGAAGUAUCAUCAUCGCCCCAAGCGCUUCCGAGCAGUCCAGUCCAUUUGACCAAAUUGACUGUUGCCAGAUUGAACCGAGGGACGGAUGAA